AAACGCUGCUCGGUGCGCUCACUGGCACGCCUCCCUCUCAUCUUCCUCCUCCACCUUCUCUUCAUCUUCUUAAUUGCGCAUUGGGACUCCGACAGCAGCACACCGGGAGUCACGAGCAGGGCUGCAUGUAGAGAGUGAGGAUGAUGAUGAUGAUGAUGAUGAUGCUGUGCCACACCUGACGGACUGAACUUUAAAGAUGCUCCUGGGGGACUUGGACUCAGCUCGUCUCUUCUGCUCUUUGUGGAAUAUGUUGAACUUCCAGCUGGGCUGAUGCUGAAUCCUCAGACCAUGCUGCUUUUCGCGUGAAGCUCCCAAAACUCCGCAAACAAACGGAUUACCGAGGACUCUGCUUCACGGUGCUGACAGGCUGCUGAGAAUGACCACAGGCAUCCUUGUAGCGAUGUAAUAAAAAGGUUUCCUGCGCACACAUCUUCGAGUGAACGCGUCAGACCUGAGCGGGCUGCCGUUACGCAUGGAGGCAGCUCGCAGCUGAAGGGUUUAUUCUUCUUAUUUUGAACUUUAUGAUUUGAACUGUGAAAACAAAAAGAGGGAGAAAAGUUUUUCUGCUCCUCCUCAGACAGAAAAUGAGUAGCUGUCUCUUCAGACUGGCACUCCUCGUGGCUUGCGUCCUCUCCAUCCGCUGCACCGCUGCGCCCGGGACGGACACGGAGGCGCACACGACGUCCCGGGAUACCUGCGCGUCUUGCGGCGGCGGCGCUCGCCCGGAGGACCCGGAGUCCGGGCGGCUCGACGGGGACUUCUUAGAGGCGGUCAAGAGGCACAUCUUAAGCAGGCUGCAGAUGCGGGAGAGGCCCAACAUCACGCACCCGGUCCCCAAAGCGGCCAUGGUGACGGCGCUGCGGAAGCUGCACGCCGGGAAGCUGCGGGAGGACGGGAGGGUGGAGAUCCCCAAUCUGGACGGGCAUCCGAUGAGCAACGAGGUGCUGGAGGAGAGCUCGGAGAUCAUCAGCUUUGCGGAGAAAGAUGACCUGGUGACAUCCCAGUCCAGCCUGUUCUUCCUGAUCUCCAGUGAGGGGAACCAGAACCUGUAUGUAACGCAGGCCACCCUCUGGCUCUACUUCAAGGUAUUGCCAGCACCUAUGGAGGUGCGCGCAAGGCGGAAGGUGACAGUGAAGGUGUACUACCAGGAGCCUGGCCUUGGCAGCAAGUGGAACCUGGUGGAGAAGCGAGUGGAGCUGAAACGCAGUGGCUGGCACACCUUUAUACUGACUGAUGCCGUCCGGUUGGUGUUUGAGAAAGGCGACAGGCGUCAGAACCUGGAUGUCCGCUGUGAGGGCUGCGAGGCAGAGGGUGUCUUGCCCAUUUUGCUCAACAUCAACGAUGAGUCCCACCGGCCAUUCCUGGUGGUACAGGCAAGGCAGGCUGACAGCAAACACCGGAUCCGGAAGCGAGGCCUGGAAUGCGAUGGCAACAGCAACCUGUGCUGCCGGCAGCAGUUCUACAUAGACUUUCGACUCAUCGGUUGGAACGACUGGAUCAUCGCGCCGUCGGGCUACUACGGGAACUACUGUGAGGGGAACUGCCCAGCCUACAUGGCAGGUGUCCCCGGUUCGGCUUCGUCCUUUCACACAGCAGUGGUGAACCAGUACCGCUUGCGGGGAAUGAGCCCGGGCUCCAUGAAUUCUUGCUGCAUUCCCACCAAGCUUAGUACCAUGUCCAUGCUCUACUUUGAUGACGAGUACAACAUCGUCAAGCGGGAUGUUCCAAACAUGAUUGUGGACGAGUGUGGCUGUGCUUGAAUAUGUUUUUUCCUGUUUAUUUAAAGUGGAACUGAAGAACUAAUCAGAUUCACUAUAUUACAAAAAAUGAAUAUAGAAUAUUUAUGGACAUUGGAGAAAAUGCACACACAAUCGCAUCCACACAUAUCUACACACUCUCAUAUAUGCCUGCACAAAAACUUGUAUAUAUAUUUAUGUUUGUUGAUAUAUUCAUAAUAUGUGGUGGAAGACUCAGUCUCCUGCAAACAGAAGUGAAGAGUUCUCUUCCAAAUGUUUAAAUAUCCAUUUGGAAAACAAUCAAUAUCUGAAGUUCUUCAUUAGUUAUCUCUAAGAUAAUGAAGAUCUGGUUUGCUAAGGUGUGCAAGACUUACUUAACCUACUAGCCUUUACAAAGCAGCAUCAUCUGAUGUAAUUUUCUGCAAUCACUCAACUUGUUAGAGUAGGUGCCAGUUGAACCUCUUCAUGAGUAGAACAUAAACCCAACCUUGAAUGUGAAAAUACUGUCUCCAGAGGAGGUGGAGCUUUACAUGAGUAACAAUGAAGGUUGGGGUGAUUCAGCUAUGCCUCUUUCAAGGAACACUUUGGACAAGCACUGAAAAUAUCUUCACACCACUCAAGCUACACCAACGUACAGCACUUCUGGCUUGGACCGUACAGCACUUCUGGCACUUCUGGCCUUACUUAAAGUUUGUUCCACGAUAAAACCGGCAAAUUCCAGAAAUACAUUCAUGAAAUGAAUGGAAAGAUGAAUAUUUUGACAUAUUCUACACAGUAAAAUUUUCAACAAGGUUUCUGUUACACCAAAACCAAGAAAAUAAUUAUCCAAAUAAAGGUAGAAUUGGCUUUGUGAGAUGUUGCGACUUAAAUUCAAGGGAAAAUCAUUUAGAGGGCAUGUUCCUGAUAUGAAUCUCUUAACAGUUUUCCAUCAUCUUCAUUGCUGGACAAACAUGGAUUUGAUCUAUAGAGUCCAAGUUAGUAAUUAAUGUAAAUACUUAAUGAGCUCCUAAGUAUCAUUCAAAGCUUUGGAAGUUUCAUGCAUUAAUUUUGUACCUGAUCUAAAGGUUUUGGAUUGGUCUGGAUCAGCUUCCCUUUUUUUUCUUGUACUGACUAAAGUUAACAAAACAUAUCCUUUAGUUGACCACCCCACCUUACAGUCAAGGUAUGUGUCAAAUUUUCACCCCAAAUGGAAUCUGUACAUCAGAAUGUAGGUAGCAGCCUGUCCAGUCGACUGGUCAGUUAACUAAAUUCCACUCUUCUUCCUUGGAAGCUGUACCAUUAAAGGUAAUAAAACCCACUUUUCAAUAGUCUACCUUAAAUUAGCUUCAAUCUAUGUAUCAAAUCUGUAUAUCUGACAGUAGCCCACCUAGUCAGUGUACAGUUAGCUCCCAUUUACCAUCCAAAGUUCCAGAAAUUUCCCUUUUCCAGAGGGUUUGGCUCCGUCAACCAAAUUUCUACCCUUCUUUCUUUGAAUUUGUACCACUAAAAGACAAUCUCACCUUUGCACCAAGGAAACUAUUGCCCCCAGAGAGAUCUGUAAAACUCUCAUUUACUAUCCAAAGUUCCAGAAAUUCCAUAUCAGUUUAUCUUUUGACCUAUUCCAGAUAAUCCAGACAAACUUCUACCCUUCUUUGUUGAUCUUUGAAUCACCAAAGGUAAAAAAAAAUAAAUAAAAAUAUCCCUUUAGUUGACUGCCCAAUCUUCUCAUUAAGGUACUGGUCAAACAAAUAUUCCUUUUCAGCAGUUACUCAACAAUGAGGAUGGUGGACUGAAUAUCAGAAAUGACCUCACAAGCAAAAAAAUGUCCUUCACCUUACUACAACUUCUUCUUGAAAGGGAAGGUUUGAAUCCUUCUUUAUUAAAAUAUAUUUAAUGUAAAUUUUAUUUCUGUCAGUGAGAGUGAAAAGUUGCCAAACUACUCAGCUAAGAGAUGGUGCAACUUUGCACUUCCUGACACACACUUUGAUAGCACUUGCAGAUUGAAAUGCCUUUAAGCGGUGUAUCGUCGCCCACAGUCCUUCUAAAAUAAAUAAGUGCCGCAUGAGCUAUGCAAUGUAUAGUAUUUACCCAUAUAUCAGACAAGAUGAACUUAAACUCUAGUGACAAACUAUCACAGUACUUGAAAUGUAAGUGUGGCAGGCAGUGGUGGGUCGGGCUUCAGGUGGGAGGCUCUGAUGAAACAACAUUCAUCAGCUUCCUGUUCACUGUUCUUUCAUUUAAAUUAUUAUUUUUACAUAAAAAAAAAGCAGGAUAUACAACAACUUUUAUCAACCAUACAUCACCUGUAUGAGCAGAGAAAGACUGCAGUUUCAGUAUCUGCAUUUACUUAAACCUAAUAAUGGUGACUUUGUUCAUGUUUUCUGGAACAGAUUAGUUAUCCGACUAUAAUACAGCAUAUCUCUCUGUGUGUUUGUUUGUCUUCAAACUACUCCACUAUUUUAAGUUUUAUUUAAUAAAUCUAUUUACUGAUGGGGUUUUUUUCAGAUUUGGUUGGCUAAAUAAUGAAUAUGCUGCACAGUAAAGUUGAUAUUUAAACUGUUUCUUCAACCAACCAAACACAGCAGCUUAAACUAAUAUAUCUUCCGGUCCAGGGGUUCUUACAAUGGAGAAAACUGUCCAAGGACUGCCUGCUACUCCUUAAACCAAUUUAGCUGUUUUUGGAUUUGAUGUUACUUGAUGUGUUGCUCUUGGCUCAAAGAUAACAUGGAAGGGAGUGACGGCCACAUUAAUCUUGUUGUAUUGGCGUAAAAGGUCCACUUCUGCAUAUAUGCACUUUUUACUGAUACAGCACAAUAUUAUGACUUAGAGCAAAUUAUUUUGUGGAGCCCAUUUUGAGAAGCACUGUCUGUUUUGUAUGUAAAAUAUCAAUCAGUGGUUCCAAGUAGAACCGACAAUCAUUCUACAACUGCACGUAUAAUGUACAAAAGUUACUUUCAAUGUCACCGGUACAUUGCUAUGUCAACUCAAUCAAAUAAUCUGUUUCUUCUCUUUAAUCUAAAAAUGUUUUACUGCCAUUAAAAAAAUAAUCAUCUGAAAUGUAAAAAAAGGCUAACUGGGGCUAACUUUGACCCAAAUGCGAUGCACGAAUAGUGAUUUUUAAAUGAAUGUGUCCCAGUGGAGUUCCCAUCGCGGCCUGUUUGGCACCGUAACACACUUUGAGACACACUUUCAGGCCUCAGUCACUUUGAUAUUUUCAGGUUAAACGCUUCAGCGACCUGUUAUUUCACAAGCCCGUCACACAUUUUGUUCUUAUUCCCUGGGUUCAGAGAAAUAUCUGAGGCUCGGAUCCUGCUCAUUAUCUCGCCUGUUCUGCGGCCUCCUGCCUGACGCCCAACCACCGACCCGCCUGCCACUGUAAUCUUUUGCUUAUUCUUCAAAGCGAAUGGUUGUUAGAGUAUUUGCACUGAGGAGUUGCGUGACUAGUCAUGAGAAAAUCAAUAGAAACUGCCAUUGAAAAAAAAAAGUUAUUUUUAUAGACGCAAAAUUGAGUUCUGUUCAAAUGUAUUAUACCUAAUCAUGGAACCAAAGAGGCCAAGAGGUUUAGCUAUUGAAAGAUGGCAAUGUUGUCAUGUUUUGUUGUUGUAAAUGACUUUCUGACAGUUAAGAGGCCUAAACACUGUAUCAGGGUAUAAUAUCAGUCCAUAAUCUGCUUAAUCCUUUUUCUAUUUUGUACCUAGACAUGGAAUAUUUCAUAUUUUUUCAUCAGAUUACUUAAAUAUUCCUAGUUUCCUCUUUUUGUUAGCUCUCCUUCCAUUUAGAGUAAAGCACAUGCCAUUCAAUCCCUGUACAGCCGAUGUAACAU